AUGGGGGAACUAGCUGCCGAAAUUCCUACAAGGGAUAACAUCUACAAAAUAUUGGCUGCCGAUCACAAAGUAAAGGCGGCCGGUGUCGAUUGUGAUGGCAUCUUACGGGGUAAGAUCAUGGACAAGGACAAGUUCCUGUCAAGUCUCGAGCAUGGGUUUGGGUUCAGUUCGGUGCUGUUCGGCUGGGACAUGCACGAUGUCCUGUUCAAGACUGAACAAAGCUCGACCUCAGUGUUGGAAGGCUUUGGCGAUUUCACCGCCAUACCGGAUGUUUCAUCCUUCCGACGAAUACCCUGGGAAGACAACAUACCAUUCUUCCUACUCCGGUUUGAGUCCCACGAUAGCCCAGUCCCUGCUGAUGGAAGAACGAUCCUCCGAUCGUUCUGUCAGGAAUUGGGGAAACAUGGAUUCAAGUCAAUGGCAGGAGUGGAACUAGAAUUUAUGAACUUCCAAACACCGACCGAGAAUGGUUAUACCAAUAAUGGAGACCCUCGAGAUCUGACAUCCUUCCUCGACAAGAAUGCCCCAAGCAGCCUUCGAUACUUGACCUCGGGUAUCUUCACAUAUAGUUCGAUACGCCCACUGGCCACCAAAACCUACUUUCAUCAGAUAUUCGACAAGUGUGUUCAAUUUAGGACGAAUUUGGAGAGUUGGCAUACCGAGGCGGCUCCUGGAGUCUUUGAGGCUGCAUUGAAGAUGAGCGAGAUCGACGAGAUGGCUGACAGAGUGACACUCUUCAAGUUCCUGGUAAAGUCAUUAGGCAUUGAACAUCAUGUCACACCGUGCUUCAUGGCAAAGCCUGUCUAUGGCCAAUGUGGUAAUUCUGGACAUAUCCACAUAUCACUGACCGAUUCCACGGGUAAGAAUGUGUUUGCACGAAAAACACCGGAUAAGAAUGCCAAAUGGAAGGACAUUGAAGAACUCUCGGAUAUCGGACGGUAUUUCCUGGCUGGUCUGUUGACGGCAAUCCCAGAUCUAAUGCCGCUCCUCGCGCCAACCAUCAAUUCAUACAAACGCCUCAUCGAGAACUACUGGGCGCCCACGACACUCGGUUGGGGUUUGGAAGAUCGGAAUUCUGCUAUUCGGCUGAUCGCGCCUCCGGUGUCCAAACCUGGUGCGACGAGGUUCGAGAUCAGAAUACCCGGGGCUGAUUUACAUCCUCAUUAUGCACUCGCUGCACUUCUAGGGGCAGGAUGGCGCGGAGUCCAGAAGAAGCUUGAGAUCCCGGUCCCGCCAACUUUGCUCCGAAAGGACAAGCCAGAGUCAUUAUCGAAUACUUUGGAUGUAGCUGUCGCUCGGUUCAAAGCGCCAGGAAGUAUUGCUCGUGAGAUCUUUUCGGAUGAAUUUGUCGACCUCUUUUCGUCGUCACGAGAACAUGAGAUUCGUCUAUACAAAGAGGCUGUUACGGAUUGGGAGUUUAAGCGAUAUAUUGAGACCGUUUAA